UAUUAAUAUGGCAUUGAAAUGACCCAUAGAAAUACUUUUGUUCAGAAAAAAAAAAUAAAAAUCAGAUUCUCUUUAUUGAUGCAGCAACACCUUUUUACUGAUAAGCUGUUAUAAUUUUUGUAGAACAUGGUUGUGAAAAAUAUGCACAGACCCUUUGCUUUACUGUUGUUGGAUGUUGCUAUCCUGUGCAGGGUUGCAGUGGCAACUACCAGACCAAAUAUUAUUCUCAUUGUUGCUGAUGAUUUGGGUUACGAUGAUGUGAGCUUUCAUGGAUCCGCCCAAAUCCCAACCCCCAACAUAGACAGUCUAGCCUAUGGAGGGAUCAUUCUCAACAACUACUAUGUGUCCCCUAUUUGUACCCCAACUCGUGGGGCCCUCAUGACAGGCAGACAUCCUAUACAGACAGGUCUCCAGUCUGGAGUGAUAGCGGCCUCUCAGCCCUAUGGACUGCCACUGAAUGAGACCAUCAUGCCUCAGUUCUUCCAGAAACUAGGCUACAGGAGACAUAUGGUGGGCAAGUGGCACCUUGGAUUCCACAAGAAGGAGUUUACCCCAAUGUACAGAGGCUUCGAGACUCACUAUGGAUAUUAUCUGGGCUGUGGAGAUUACUAUGAUCACACCUCGGAAGCCAAUGAGGAAUAUUUUGGGUUUGACUUUGUGAGGAACACUACCGUGGACUUUACAGGAAUUGGCCAGUACUCAACAGAACUGUUUAGACAAGAAGCCAACACUAUCAUACAGAAACAUAACACAUCAGAGCCCUUGUUUCUGUACCUGCCUUUCCAAGCUGUUCACAGUGGCAACCUUCCUAGUGGAAAGAGUCUUCAGGCACCAACAAAAUACAUCAAAAGAUUCCCUCAUAUAAAAAAUACAGAGAGAAAGACAUAUGCAGCAAUGGUGUCUGCUCUAGAUGAUGCUGUUGGAUCAAUUGUGCAAACACUGAAAGACAAAAAUAUGUAUUGCAAUUCUAUAAUUGUCUUUACAACAGACAAUGGGGGACCUGCUAAUGGAUUUGGUGGCAAUGCUGCCAGCAAUUUUCCUCUGAGAGGAGUUAAAGAUACACUGUGGGAAGGAGGAGUUCGAGGAGUUGCCUUCAUUUCCAGUCCUUUACUCCAGACCAAAGGCUACGUAUCCAAUCAGAUGAUCCACGUCACAGACUGGCUACCUACCCUCUACACAGCUGCUGGUGGUAAGGCAUCAGAUCUUUACAAUCUGUAUGGCAUUGAUCAGUGGGGGGUGCUGCAGACCAAUGGCAAGCCGGUCAGGACUGAAAUUCUCCACAACAUUGACCCAAUGGACAAAACUGAAGCUAUCAGAGUUGGAGAUUACAAACUAUUACACGGACCUGUUACUGGAUAUUGGGAUGGCUGGUAUCCCCCAUAUCAACUGUCUGAAAAAUCGAGUUAUGACAAAAUGCAGAUGAGUGCAUAUAAACACACCAACAGGAGUGAACGAGGUAUUUUACAGGAAACUUGCAAACCAGUGACAAUUCAAUGCGGUCCUAAGCCUGCCAAUGCCAGCACAAAUUGUCAAGCCAAUAAAGUGCCAUGUUUGUACCAUAUUCCAUCGGAUCCUUGCGAGUACAAUAACAUAGCAAGCAGUCAUAUGGAUAUUGUAACAAAACUGUUGGCUAAAAUUUUGAAGUACAAGAGCACUAUGAUGGUACCCCCUGGAAAUAAACCAAUUGACCCAGCUGGAAAUCCACGAGUCAAUGGAGGCAUAUGGAGGCCAUGGCUGGACUAACUGACAGGCAUGCCAACUUAAGAGGGUUUUUUUUAGCAUAGAUAUAUUUUUGUUC